CAUCCCUAGGAACCCCCCCCCCCCCACACACACACACAUGGAUGCGCACGUCGCUUUCUCGGGCUUCCCGGCCUUGCCCUCGCUCUCGCCAUCCGGGCCACAGCCGCCGACCCUGGCGGGAGCCGAACCGAGGCGCGAACCGGAGGAAGUGGUGGGCGGUGGGGACGUCGAGCCCACGGCUGUGCCCGGCCCGGGGAGGCGACGCCGGCGGCCACUACAGCGUGGGAAGCCGCCCUACUCGUACAUCGCGCUCAUUGCCAUGGCCCUGGCGCACGCUCCGGGCCGCCGUCUAACGCUGGCAGCCAUCUACCGCUUCAUCACCGAGCGCUUCGCCUUCUACCGCGACAGCCCGCGCAAGUGGCAGAACAGCAUCCGCCACAACCUCACCCUCAACGACUGUUUCGUCAAGGUGCCGCGCGAGCCGGGCAAUCCGGGCAAGGGCAACUACUGGACGCUCGAUCCCGCGGCCGCUGACAUGUUCGACAACGGUAGCUUCCUGCGGCGCCGCAAGCGCUUCAAGCGCGCUGAGCUACCCGCACCGCCGCCGCCGCCGCCGCCCUUCCCCUAUGCGCCCUUCCCGCCCCCGCCGGCACCCGCGUCCGCUCCGCCCGCGCGCCUCUUCCGCCUGGACAGCCUGCUGGGCUUGCAGCCUGAGCCUCCGGGACCCGUGGCGCCCGAGCCGCCUUGCUGCGCCGCGCCCGACGCCGCCUUCCCGCCCUGCCCCGCCGCAGCCUCGCCGCCGCUCUACUCGCCAGCGUCCGAGCGCCUGGGGUUACCGGCGCCGCUGUCCGCCGAGCCUCUCCUGGCCUUGGCGGGAUCGGCCAGCGCGCUCGGGCCGAUCGGAGCCGGGGAAGCCUACCUGAGACAGCCGGGCUUCGCGCCAGGGCUGGAGCGCUACCUGUGAGGCGCCCUCCGUUGCGGGAGCGCCUGGCGGAGCCUUCUGCCUGUCCUGCGCUGGAGCAGUGCGA